UAUUGUGGUAUUGUGUUCGAUUAUUUUCCUCAAACUGGAUAAUAAUUCGCUUUUAUUAAAAUUAUUAAGUUUAAUGUCUUCACCGCCGGCCUCGUCUUCUUUUUCUUCGUCGUCGUCAUCAUUGUCGCCCUCAUCAUCGUCCCUGUCGGAUUAUUCACCCUCAACUUCUAGUCCUGAAUUAAAUUCAAAUUCCUCAACAUCAUCUGGUGCGUCUGGUGGCUCAUCAUCAUCGGCAAUUAAAGUUGAAUUUGAUCGCAACAUCAUGGAUUUAGUAUAUCAGCCGAGAUUGCCGGUGAACGAAUGUCAGGCAAGUCAAACUGCUAGAGUGACAUCGAACCUAAACGCAUCCAGUAGUACAAUGGCGGUUAGUCGUGUACCCUCACCGCCUUUACCGGAAGUUAAUACACCGGUUGCCGAAAACUGGUGUUACACACAGGUGAAAGUGGUUAAAUUUAGCUAUAUGUGGACCAUAAAUAAUUUUAGUUUUUGUCGCGAGGAAAUGGGUGAAGUCUUAAAGUCCUCAACAUUUUCCGCCGGUGCUAAUGACAAACUGAAAUGGUGUUUACGUGUCAAUCCAAAAGGUCUAGAUGAAGAAAGUAAAGAUUAUUUAUCCUUAUAUUUAUUAUUAGUUUCCUGCAAUAAAUCCGAAGUUAGAGCCAAAUUUAAAUUUUCCAUAUUAAAUGCUAAAAGAGAAGAAACCAAAGCCAUGGAAUCACAGAGAGCAUACCGUUUUGUACAAGGCAAAGAUUGGGGUUUCAAAAAAUUCAUACGACGAGAUUUCCUAUUGGAUGAGGCCAAUGGCCUAUUGCCUGAAGAUAAAUUGACAAUAUUCUGUGAAGUUAGUGUAGUGGCCGAUAGUGUUAAUAUCUCCGGCCAAUCAAAUAUUGUACAAUUCAAAGUGCCCGAAUGUAAACUAAGUGAAGAUUUGGGCAAUCUCUUUGACAAUGAGAAAUUUAGUGAUGUAACGUUAGCCGUGGGUGGCCGUGAAUUCCAAGCACACAAAGCAAUAUUGGCAGCACGCAGUGAUGUCUUUGCAGCCAUGUUCGAGCAUGAAAUGGAGGAGCGUAAAUUGAAUCGUGUCGCCAUAACUGAUGUUGAUCAUGAAGUUUUAAAAGAAAUGUUACGUUUUAUUUAUACUGGCAAGGCGCCAAACUUAGAUAAAAUGGCCGAUGAUCUCUUAGCAGCAGCUGAUAAGUACGCUUUGGAAAAGCUGAAAGUAAUGUGUGAGGAAGCGCUGUGCGUUAAUCUCUCCGUUGAAACAGCCGCUGAAACAUUAAUAUUAGCCGAUCUCCAUAGUGCGGAUCAAUUAAAAGCACAAACAAUAGAUUUUAUUAAUACUCAUGCCACCGAUGUUAUGGAAACCCAAGGAUGGCAAAAUAUGAUCACAACACAUUCACAUCUAAUUGCCGAGGCAUUUCGUGCGCUUGCAACACAACAAAUCCCACCGAUUGGACCACCCAGGAAGCGAGUAAAAAUGAGCUGAAAUUUCAAUAGUAGUAGAAGACAACAGCAACAACAACAAAAACAGCAGCAGCAGCAACAAUUGCAAUUGCAACAAAAACAACACAUUAUAGAUAAUCAAGAAAAAGAAAAA